CGGUGGCGCUGCAGGCGGCGUGAAUGAAGAGGCUGCAGCUGGCGUGGAAGCCGGAGACGGAGGCGCUGCAGCUGGCGGCGGCGUGGAAGCCGGAGGCGCUGCAGGCUGGACGGAUCCCUUGGAUCCUCCAGCGACGACAGGAAGCAAAGGCCGGACGGAUCCCUUGGAUCCUCCAGCGACGACAGGAAGCAAAGGCCGGACGGGCCCCUUGGACCCUCCAGCGACGACAGGAAGCAAAGUCCGGAGCGGGCCCCUUGGACCCUCCAGCGACGACAGGAAGCAAAGGCCGGAGCGGUCCUUCGGACCCUCCAGCGGAGACACGAGGCAAAGGCCGGAGCGGUCCUUCGGACCCUCCAGCGGAGACACGAGGCAAAGGCCGGAGCGGUCCUUCGGACCCUCCAGCGGAGACACGAGGCAAAGGGUCUACUAGCCGACAUAAAGGCAGCUGGCAAUGCACUGAGCACUGGCUUUGCCCAGGCAACGCUAACACGGAGGAGUUCUCUGAGGGCUGCUUAAUCUUCAGGGGUCCAGUAAUAGCUGGGGGGUGAAACCUAGCUUCUGGGGAGGCCCUGGAGUGCAUUACUUCGCCUGAAGCAGCUAAAGCGCAAGAAUCUCCCUGGGAGGAACUUAGACUUUCUCCCUGCAUGAAGUGAGUGUGUGAGACUGGUGACGGAAUGAGCGAAGGAGCUACGGGGGACACUGGAGCUACGGGGGACACUGGAGCUACGGGGGACACUGGAGCUACGGGGGACACUGGAGCUACGGGGGACACUGGAGCUA